CGCCCGCCCCCAGCUCCUCUGGCCCCUGGGUCCCAGGGCCGAGGCGGGCGGGCGGGCUGGGCCGCAGCAUGUCGCUCGGAGCGGGGCUCGUCCGCACCACGUGCAGCAGUGGCGGCGGCGCGCCCGGAUCUGGGCCGCAGACCUCGGAGGGGUUGCUGGACCCCGUGUACCCCCGCACGCAGGGGGCCACGCUGAAGGUGGCGCAGAUGGUCACUCUGCUGAUUGCCUUCAUCUGCGUGCGGAGCUCUGCAUGGACUGACUACAGUGCCUACAGCUACUUUGAAGUCGUCACCAUAUGCGACUUGAUCAUGAUCCUGGCCUUCUACCUGGUGCACCUCUUCCGUUUCUACCGCGUGCUCACCUGCAUCAGCUGGCCCCUGUCGGAACUUCUGCACUAUGUAAUCGGUACCCUGCUUCUCCUCAUUGCCUCCAUCGUGGCAGCCUCCAAGAGUUACAACCAGAGUGGACUGGUAGCUGGAGCGGUCUUCGGGUUCCUGGCCACUUUUCUGUGCCUAGCGAGCCUGUGGCUGUCCUAUAAGAUCUCAUGUGGAACACAGUCCACAGAUGCAUCUGCCUGAUGGGGCAGCCCCCAGGCCCCUGGACAACCUGUGGGUACAAGACCUGCCACACAGGCGCACACCAGGCAUGGCUUCUGGACUGUUCCUACACCAAGUCCUGCACAGGCUGGUGGGUGCCAAGAAGACCCCCACCUCUCACUUGACCAACGUGCAGGUCUAAGGAGCAUCUUCCUUGAAGAACACUCCCUUUGGGGGACCUCCCCCCUUCCUGCUCUUAGUGGCACCUCAGGUACUGAUGACCCUACUAAGCACAACCGAGGAGUUACUGCAUUGGGCAGAAAGAACCUCAGCUCCUCCUUGGUGCUCCCAAAAGCAGCCACCCCCAUUUUCCCAACUUGUCAUCUGGUCCUCUGACCAGGGGACAUGCAGGAUGCCCGUGUGAUCAGCCUGCUGUCCCCUCCUUCCUGGUCCACCUUUGUCACCAUUGUGUUUGUGUGUGCAUGUGUUUACAUGUGUGUGCACACGUGUAUACACACGCAUGUGUGGCUUUUAAUAAAACGUUGUCCAAUUA